UGUGCCCUGGGAUGCAUUGUCGGGAAUUCCUGGAAUCUAGAGUUGCGUUGCAUGCUCCGCGGCCCCUCAACGAUGUCAGCAUGCCCAUGCAUGCUACAAACAAGGCUCUGCCUUGCGUAUCAGUGGCUGGCCUUCCUUGCCGAUCCUUAUCCGAAAGUGUCACUCACCGCCCACCAUCAGUAUUCAUGAUUCACGGGCCAGCCAAGUCAUCGUCUCUUCCGUAAUAUUGAGAUGUCCUGUCUUCGACGACAUUGACAGGGACUUCGGACUCGCGACGAUCAGGUCUCAACAAUCUCAAAGUUCGAGAUCGGAACUGGUUCCACGACGCAGUAAAUUCCUUUUGAAAUUGCUAGCUUGAAUAUCAAUUCGAGAGUAGUUGAAUGGCGUCGCUGGCGUGCCUAUCGGCACCGUCAGGUCUGGGGAACAUCACGCAGCUCGCAUUUGGGACUCCGGUACACAGUGGCAACAAACGUAGCAUCUACCAAAGCCGACGCAAAGGAUCUGUGAGUGUAAGAAAUGAAGUUGGGACAGACGUUUCGGUAGAUGGCAAGCACGCAUUGUUGCAGAGCGGGAACGACAAGCUGCAAAUUACUCGAGUGAUCAAUGGGAUGUGGCAAACUAGUGGAGGAUGGGGCAAAAUUGACCGUGAUUUAGCUGUGGAUGCUAUGAUCAGGCACGUGGAUGCAGGGUUUACGACCUUUGACAUGGCUGAUAUUUAUGGCCCAGCAGAAGAUAUUUACGGACUUUUUAUGAACCAGAUCAGGCGAGAGCGUGGAGAAGAGCUGGCCUCUACGGUAACAGGACUCACUAAGUGGGUUCCAUCUCCUGCAAAGAUGACAAGGGGUGUCGUCGAAGCAGCUAUUGAUCGUUCAAGAAAGCGAAUGGACGUUCAGACUCUUGAUAUGGUGCAAUUUCACUGGUGGGACUACGCCAACAAGGGAUAUUUGGAUGCCCUCUUGCACAUGACUGACCUCAAAGAAGAAGGAAAAAUCAAGACGCUUGCCUUAACCAACUUUGACACGAAAAGGUUGGGUGUGAUCCUGGAGAAUGGCAUACCUAUCGUGAGCAACCAGGUCCAACAUUCGUUGGUCGACAUGCGGCCUCAGCAAAACAUGUCUGAACUAUGUCAGCUCACUGGUGUCAAGCUCAUUACGUAUGGUACUGUUAUGGGAGGUCUGCUCUCGAACAAGUGGUUGGACGUCAAUGUUAACGUUCCUUUCAUGGGUCCUAAGUUGGACACUCCGUCCCUCGGCAAGUACAAGCAGAUGGUCGACUCAUGGGGAGGUUGGAACCUAUUCCAAGAACUUCUGCGAGAAUGUGAUAAGAUAGGAAGAAAGCAUGGUGUACCAAUAUCUACCGUAGCCGUCCGAUACAUUCUUGAUCAGCCAUCAGUUGGGGGAUCCAUGAUCGGGGUCAGGCUAGGCCUGUCAGAGCACCUUAGAGAUUCUCAAUCUGUUUUCAGAUUCCAACUCGACGAUGAGGAUCGCGACAGAAUAGCGUCCGUGACUAAGAGGGGUAAAAAUUUGAUGGAUGUCAUUGGUGACUGUGGCGAUGAGUACCGAGGGUAGACAAACUUUCACAUCUUCGCAAGCGAACUUCGUAUCCAGUUUUAAGUAAGAAAUGAUCCCUCUGGUUAGAACCUUUCAGUUGGAUCUGAACUUGUACUUCAGCCCCAAAUGCGGCACAGCGAGGAGAUUGAGUACUGGGAGAACGUGGACAUGAGGGGAGACGAAGAAGGAGGAAGAAGGAGGGGAUUUCUCGACAGUGAAGAUAUUAUCUGAUCAAACUGAAGAAUUCAACUAUUUUUUCAAACUCAAUAAACAAAACGGCACUUUCAUCCUUGUCGUCCUGAAUCGUCGUGUCCUCCCGUCUUCUCUUCGUCUAUUGCAGUACCAUUGAUAAGUUCAGCCAGGCCGCAUAAUGGCCCCGGGCUAAGACGGGUAUUAAAAUUUUGUGCGAAUUCAAGACCUAGGCAAAGGUUGAGGCGAUAUGUUGACACAGAAGACGCCUUGUCGACAGUCUGCAAUAAAGACGUCCUGGAGCUCUUUAAAAUUCAAGUGGAGUAACUAGUUGAGGCGAGUGAGAUACCAAAGUUUAGUAGGCAUGUAGUGUAUGAUAUAAUUUAUAUACCAGCAACAGACAG